AUGUCUGAUCUCUUUUCUAUUUCCACCCGUCCCCCUCCCUCUGCCCCCCGUGCGGGCGGGCAAUGGGCGCGGGGGGCGAGCGUGGGGGGCGGGGGGCGGGGGGUCCCGGUCGAGGUGGCGGGGCCUUCGCUCCCUGCCCCCGGGCCACCGGGCCAAUGGCGCCGCGGCGAGGCCUGGCCCGACCCGGGCUCAGUCGCGACACAGCCGCGACCCUUGACACACGGGUGCGCGCCCGCCGUUUCACGCGCAGUGACAUCAACCGGCACCAUCACGCACGGCGCGCUAGUGUACGGCGGGGUCGGCGGGCCGGGGCUAUGCCCGCGCGGCCCCGACCUCCCGCCGCUCGAGCUCGGCUUCCGCGGUCCCUGGCGCGAGGACGAGCUGCUUCCCUCGACUCCUGCCAGCCAGGCCGCCUCCACGCAGAGCGGCUCCUCCGCCGCCGACAAGGGCCAGAACGUCGAGUGCGUGGUCUGCGGGGACAAAUCCUCCGGCAAGCACUACGGCCAGUUCACGUGCGAGGGUAGGUAG